AAGCUGUUGAAUGUACAGUAGUUAUUGGUCAGAACUGCGGGUAUUUCUCAUAUCUGGGCCUCUAGUUGCGGUCCAUCCUCUUCCAUUCUAAUUCGAGAAUAAAUAUAAGACACACUCAGAGCUGCGCACCACGGUGAUCCCUCUCUCCGUUCACAAGCCCAGUCCCCGCCUCGUUCGAUCUUGGCUUCCUUGAUGAAUCACAGCCGCAUUAACAAGCGUUCUGUCAUCUGCAUUUUUGGCUUGGCUUUCAUCGCAUCUGCUGGCGCAUACUCCCUGGGGUGGCAAAGAAGGGCCCAAAUACAACUCCAAACCGCUCCCCCUGAAAAGAAGAAAAGCAGCAGCAUGGCUGUGACAACCCCCUUUCAGACUCUCUUCGCGGUGCCCAUGACCUGCGACGGUUGCGCGCAGGACAUCACGAAAGCCCUGCAAAAGCUGCCCGGAAUCACCAAGGUUGAGGCGAACGUCAAGGACCAGUUGGUCUCCGUGGAAGGAACCGCGGCACCAUCGGCCAUUGUCCAGGCUAUUCAGGCCACUGGGAGAGAUGCCAUCUUACGAGGGUCAGGGGCCUCAAACAGUGCUGCGGUUAGCAUCCUCGAGACAUAUUAUCACCGCUCAGACGUAGAAGUGACGCCUGCCGGCACACCGGGCGAGAGCUGGGUGAACCCGCGGCUGGUCAGGGGUCUGGUGAGGAUGGUGCAGGUGAGCGCAGAAGAGACCGUGGUCGACCUGACGGUCCGCGGAGUGCCCCCUGGCACGUACCGUGCCACCAUCCGGGAGUACGGAAACCUCACGGACGGCGCGUCGUCCGCGGGGCCGGUCUGGUCGGCCCCAGGCAAAGAAGGCGGCCGCCCCCGGGGGUUCCUGGGGACGGUGGAGGUCGGGCCGAACGGGUACGGCAGCGCGUUUCUCAAUCGUCCGUUCCAGGUGUGGGAGGUCAUUGGCCACGCCCUCGCUGUCUCGCGGCAGGACGAGAGCGACGGCGCUCCGUUGAGGAACGACGAGGACACUGUCGUCGGCGUCAUCGCGCGGAGUGCGGGGGUGUGGGAUAAUGACAAAACGGUGUGCUCUUGCACGGGAAAGACGCUUUGGGAGGAGCGGAAGGAUGAGGUGUCCAAGGGCAUGUUGUGAUAGGGGACGUCAGGCGAAGGUUUGUGUGUCAUGACCUUGCUGGCGAGUCAACCAACGGAACUGCCCGUUCUUAGCCGCGGCCUGUGUAGGCCUGGGGGCGGGAAGAAAGGGGUUCCAGGUGUUGUCAGUCGAGGCCAGAACCGAACGACGCCAUAUUUUUGGCACGGCGGUGUUAAGCU